AUGCAUGGUAACCUUUAUGAGAAACUUUCCAUGAACAAGCUUACCAGUGACCUCUUGAAAGUAUUAGGCACAUUUCUCUUGAUAGAGGAUAAGUUGUUUGAAGAACACUUUCCAAAAGCACUACAUUUUGUUGAUCUGAUAAGACUUUGUCUUCAGCCACCAGAAAGAGGGAUACAAAAUGGUGAACUCAAAACUCUAGUUGCACCAACUAUGAUGGAUUUUCACCAGGCUCUGCAAAAUGGUAAAUUCAAAACUCUAGUUGCACCAACUAUAACGGAACUUCACCAUGCUGGAGUUAAUUUUAGUUUGGGGUCAAGCAAUUAUUUAUUUGACAUAAGAUUCAAAAAUGGGUCUCUGGAAAUUCCAAAAUUAACAAUAGCCGACCAAGAAGGAGCUCUAAUCACAAAUUUGAGGGACUUUGAGGCAUUGAAUGGCGUAACCAACUAUGUGACUCAUUACUUUGUAAUUAUGAGUUGUCUUGUCAGCUCUGCAAAAGAUGUGGAAGUACUUGUGCAGAACGGAAUUAUUGAAAAUUGGCCAUCUUAUGAUGAAGAUGUUUCAACUCUUUUUCAAAACCUUAAAAAAGAGACCAUCAUAAAUUUUGGUAGUUUCUACUACUAUGAUCUUAUUGAAGAUUUAAAGGCCUACUGCAAGUCCCCAUGGCACAAGUGGAAGGCAACUUUGAAACAAAAUUACUUCAACACUCCAUGGGCCUCCAUCUCUGUCAUUGCAGCUGUUGUUCUCCUCAUUCUUACAGUCAUACAAACCGUGUUUUUUUCCAUCAUCAACAAGUAG